AUGAACUACCAAUUGAUUCAAUGUGGACAUAUUGUAAAAAAUCAAAAAGAAUUAGAGGAAUCUAUAAAAGAAUUGGUAAUUAUACCAAUACAAAUAAAAGAAUCACUUUUAUUAAAACAUUAUUUAGAAAGACAAACUCCAACUACAACUCCAACUCCAACUACAACUACAACUACAACUCCAACUCCAACUCCAACUCAAACUCAAACUCAAACUGAAACUGAAACUGAAACUCAAACUCAAACUCAAACUCAAACUCAAACUCAACCAAUUAAACAAACAAUUAAUGUAUUCGAUCCAAUAUUAUGGAUUGUGGAGGUAGUAUUUAUAGACAAAGAAAUUAAAAAAACGUUAUCAACUAUUCUUUCUCCAAUAAAAGAUAUUCCUUUUACUUCAUCCAAAUAUAAAGAUUAUGAUUCUGAAACUGUAUUCAAUACAAAUAUUACAAUAACUACCGAUGAAAGAUUAGUUAAAGCAUCAGGUAUUAUCGCUUUACAACAGAUCGAAAAUAUUAUUUUAAAUUCGAUCAAUUUUAAAAAUAAAAAUUAUGCUCACUUAUAUAGUAUUGUUAUUGAUUUAGAACAAAAAAGAUUAGAUUUAACUCAUCGAUUCAAUGAGUUUCAAAAGAAACUAGAAUAUAGCAAAGAAUUAAUAUCAUUAAUGAAAAAUGAUGCUUCAUAUUUAGAAAGAAUAUCAAAACCAAAAUAA